AUAUGGAGAGUUCUGGUUGGAUUUUAUCAAAUAUCUGCGUUGACUGACUGUAUGUUACGAAUUAGAAAUACUGUCGCCAAAAUACUUUUAAAAACUCCGGUUCCAGUGUGGAGGAUUGGUGAAUGUGCGGAUGCGGAUCGCGCGGUAGCCCCUUUGUUCGCUAGCUUCAGUUCCUGGUGUUAUUCAGUGUGUGUGAUGAUCAGAAUUCAUAAAGGAUCCAGUAAUUCUGCUCAAACUCUUCUGUUGUGAAUUAAACUCAUCUCAGUGUCAAUCCUCAUUCUCGGAGGGAGCGUGAAAUCCGCCGUGGACUCUGGAGUAGUAACGUUAAGUGUUUACGACAAAACACUUUCACCUGUUAGAGAUCCGAUUAUGUAAGUCGUGACGCUGCGGUGUGCAUCGACGGCAUGGGACUGGACUUCGACGUCAAGACGUUCUGCCACAACCUGCGUGCGACCAAACCGCCGUACGAGUGUCCGGUGGAAACCUGCCGCAAGGUCUACAAGAGCUACAGCGGCAUCGAGUACCACCUGUACCACUAUGACCACGAGAACCCGCCUCCGCCUCAGGCCAGCCCUCAGAAGAAGCGCAAGGGUCGCCCCCCGCGCUCCUCCCUGCCCGGCUGUGCCGACGGGCCCGACUCCAGCACCGGCUCAGGGGUCACCGGGCCGGUGCCGACGCCGGGAAGCCCGACUGAUCGCUCCGACUCGCCCGUCAGAGAAACCAUGACCUACGCCGAAGCCCAGCGCAUGGUGGAGCUCGAGAUCCGCGGCCGGGUCCACCGGAUCAGCAUCUUCGAUAACCUGGAUGUGGUUUCGGAGGAGGACAGUGGUGCCGAGGAGACUCCGGUGUUGGGAACGGGCCCGUGUAACGGGGGCGAGGCCGGGGGAAUCGGGAAGGACCGGUUAGACGGGGCCAACGGGGAGAAAGGCACUCCGAAGACGGGGAAGCACAAGAGUAAGGAGAAGAAGAAGGACUCGUCUCAUCAUCAUCACGUGAACCCGCCCGUCAAGCUGCCGGAGGUGGUGUUUCGAGAGCUGGACCAGGACCGGCCCGACGCGCCCCCCCGACCCAUGUCUUACUACAGGUACAUUGAUAAGUCCGCCGAGGAGCUGGAUGAGGAGGUGGAGUACGAUAUAGACGAGGAAGACUACAUCUGGCUGGACAUCAUGAACGACCGGCGCCGCACUGAUGGGGUCGCGCCCAUCCUUCAGGAAGUGUUCGAGUAUCUGAUGGACCGGCUGGAGAAGGAGUCUUACUUUGAGAGCCACAACAAGGGCGACCCCAGCUCUCUGAUCGAUGAGGACGCCGUGUGCUGCAUCUGCAACGACGGCGAGUGUCAGAACAGUAACGUGAUCCUGUUCUGUGACAUGUGUAACCUGGCGGUGCACCAGGAGUGUUACGGCGUGCCCUACAUCCCCGAGGGCCAGUGGCUGUGCCGGCGCUGCCUGCAGUCGCCCUCGCGAGCCGUCGACUGCGCGCUCUGCCCUAACAAGGGCGGCGCCUUCAAGCAGACCGACGACGCGCGCUGGGCUCAUGUGGUGUGUGCGCUCUGGAUCCCGGAGGUGUGUUUUGCUAACACGGUGUUCCUGGAGCCCAUCGACAGCAUCGAGCACAUCCCUCCCGCGCGCUGGAAGCUAACAUGCUACAUCUGCAAACAGCGCGGCUCCGGCGCCUGCAUCCAGUGCCACAAAGCGAACUGCUACACCGCCUUCCACGUGACCUGCGCUCAACAGGCCGGCCUCUACAUGAAGAUGGAGCCCGUGCGCGAGACCGGCGCCAACGGGACGUCCUUUAGCGUGCGCAAGACGGCGUACUGUGACAUUCACACACCGCCAGGAUCGGCCCGGCCGCUGGCAGGCGUGGGCGGGGCCAGCACUGGUGUGGGCGGGGCCAGCGCAGGCUCCUCCCCCAGCGAGGGCGAGGCCGAGGAAGAGGAGGAUGAGGUGGGCGGAGAGGAAGAUGGGAAGGGAUGGAGCUCGGAGCGAGCGAAGAGAGCUAAAGCUAAAUCACGACUGAAGAUGAAGAGGGCCAGAAAGAUCCUGGCGGAGAGGAGAGCGGCCGCACCGGUGGUGUCGGUGCCGUGUAUUCCUCCAAACAAGCUGAGUAAGAUCACCAGUAACCUGUCGGUGCAGAGGAAGAGUCAGUUCAUGCAGAGACUGCACAGCUACUGGACGCUGAAGAGACAGAGUCGCAACGGUGUUCCUCUCCUGCGGCGUCUGCAGACACACCUGCAGUCCCAGCGCAACGCCGAGCCGCUCACUCCCACGAGGGACGGGGAGGAGAAGCACUCGGUGUUGAAGGAGCAGCUGAAAGCGUGGCAGAGGCUCCGGCACGACCUGGAGCGAGCGCGACUGCUGGUGGAGCUCAUCCGCAAGAGAGAGAAGCUCAAGAGAGAGACGCUCAAGGUGCAGGAGCUGGCGUUAGAGAUGCAGUUGACCCCGUUCCUGGUGUUGUUGCGCAGCACGCUAGAGCAACUGCAGGAGAGAGACUCCAGUAACUUCUUCACUGAGCCUGUGCCUUUGAGUGAGGUCCCAGAUUACCUGGACCACAUCGAGCGUCCGAUGGAUUUCCAGACCAUGUGGAAGUGUGUAGAGUCGCACCGCUAUCUCAGCUUUGAAGCUUUCGAGUCGGACUUUCUGUUGAUCGUCAACAACUGUUUGAAGUAUAACGCCAAAGACACGGUCUUCUACCGCGCAGCGCUGCGACUGCGAGAAGCCGGCGGCUCCGUCCUACGGCAAGCGCGCAGACAUGCGGAGAGAAUCGGCCUGGAUUACGAGACGGGCCUUCAUCUUCCUCGAGAACCGAGCCCGGAUUCACCACACGAGCGAGAGCGAGACCGAGAGAGAGAACGAGACCGAGAGAGAGAGAGAUCAGCGUCACUCAUUGAUGACGAUUUCCUGCUGGAGGGCCGAGGGCGUCUGCCUCUGGAGGAGCAGCUGCAGAUCCUGCAGGACCGGUACGAGGAGGUGAUGUCGGGCAAGCACAGCAUCGGCCAGUUGCGGCGAGCCAAAGCCCUGAAGAAGGAGAUGACGGUCCUGAAGCGCAAGCUGGCGCACCAGCGCGAGGGCAUCUGUGGGCACGAGUCGGGCCUGUCUCUGGAGCGCGGGUCGGUCCUCACGCAUCACUCCUCAGGAGGAGCUCGUCACGAUGAAGGAGAGAGCAGCCACGACAUCAGUGGCAAAGAUCUGAGCACGUCGUCUUCAGCUCUGGCUCCUGAGGUCGGCCGGCGCACAUCUGUCCUCUUCUCCAAGAAGAACCCAAAAGCCUCCGGACCUCCCAAGCGCCCGGGCCGACCCCCGAAGAACCGCGAUCUCCUGCACGGGUCGGGGUUGAUCUCCAGUGCCAUCGGCCCCCCGCAGCUUCCCUCGCUCCACCCGUCCCGCAAGAGACCCCACAGUCCCCAGUCCAGCUCCAGCUCGGAGACCGACAGCGAGCACGACCACCUCAUCCUGGGUCUGCACACUAAUGGCUUCGGUGGAAGCGGCCAGCCGAAGACGGAGAGCUUUCUGGUGUACAGGAACGAGAGGAGUCUCCCGCGCUCCAGCUCCGACUCUGAGUCCACCAGCAGCAGCAGCAGCAGCGCCGCGUCAGACAGGACCAGCACCACUCCCUCUAAACAGGGUCGAGGGAAGGCCUCGUUCUCACGCUCCACGUUCCCGGAUGACAGCAGCGAGGAGACGUCCGGCACAGAGAACGACUCCUACUCCAUGGGAGGAUCCCGAGGAGUGUCUCACUUGGUGCGCAGCAGGGGCCGCUCGGGAUGCUGGAUGAGCUCCGAUGACUACAGCGCUCUGGACGCUCUCGAUCUGGUGUGGGCCAAGUGCAGAGGAUACCCAUCAUACCCCGCUCUGAUCAUCGACCCGAAGAUGCCCCGCGAGGGUGUGUUCCACCGGGGCGUCCCGAUCCCCGUCCCGCCUCUGGAGGUGCUGAAGCUGGGGGAGCAGAUGACCCAGGAGGCCCGCGAACACCUCUUCCUCGUGCUCUUCUUCGACAACAAGAGGACCUGGCAAUGGCUGCCGCGCUCCAAACUGGUUCCUCUGGGCGUCAAUCAGGAUCUGGACAAAGAGAAGAUGCUGGAAGGCAGGAAGUCGAACAUUAGGAAGUCGGUUCAGGUGGCGUAUCACCGGGCCAUGCAACACCGGAACAAAGUCCAGGGCGACCCGAGCAGCGACACCAGCGACAGCGACUGAACACACACACACACACACACUCUAAUUCUCUACUCUGGUGCUAAAGUGCUUCACGUGUCAUCAGGAUGAGUGUUUUAAAGUUAGAUGUGGCUGUUUCCGAGUCAUAUUUACCUCACACUACAGCCAGUAUUCAAGAUUUGAUCAGAACACUU